ACAUUCAACAGAACGUGAUCAACCCAUCAGAAUCACAUUUAAAAGAAGAUUACUUGCACACCAAGCAUUCGGUGCUGAAAGAUAAACAUCGCAAUGUCCAAGAAAGUUUUGAGCGCUUACGUAAACUCAUCCACCAAGGAUAUGAUGAAAAUAGUGAAUUUUUUGAGCCUAGAGUUCUCGAGCUGUGGGAUAUGGCAAAACGAUCAAACUUCACUGAAGAUGAACUGGAUUCUAUUAAGGAAGAGCUCAAACACUUUGAGACCAAGAUUGAGAAGCACCAGCAUUAUCAGCAACAGCUGGAUUUGUCCCAUCAAAAACUCAAGCAUGUGGAGAAAAUGGGAGACAAGGAGCACUUGUCUCGCAACAAAGAAAAAUAUGCAAUGCUGGCGGACAAAACAAAAGAAUUAGGUUACAAGGUAAAGAAGCACUUUCAAGACUUAAUGGGUCGACUGUCAAGAGGAGGGCUGAAUCAUAAUGAGUUAUGAUUUACAUAGAGCUUUUCUUAUUACUAUUCCAUUCCCAUCGUAGGACUAUUUACCAAAGCCUAGCAAUUGUAAAUCAAUGGUUUCUUCGUCUCCAAUGUUUCUUGGAGUUUGGUAAUGACUGGCCUCUUGUUGUACAUACAGUAAUUGAAGCCUUUUGGGUCAAGAGGUGAUGACAGUGCUGUAGAACAGUGGAUCAAUAAUGAACUAAGAUUUUCUUGACUAAUCAAAAUGUCCAGUUACUCCUUUAUAUACUGAUUAUGUUUGUAACUUAAAUUCAGAAAUGACUAUCUGAUGGUAAAAUGUCUUUUUACUAAUGUUUUGAUUAUUGAUAGGUGUGUUUGACCUGCUCCCAUAAGGCACAUAUUUUAUUUUAGUUUCAUUGAUUUGUUAUACUGCCUCUAAACAGCAAAAGCAAAACUUGAAUGUCACGUGCAUAGUUGGUACAUGUACAGAAUGUACUGUUGUAGCAUUCAGAAACAUACCUCUAUAUCUAAUUUGUAGAAGUGAUGUAACAACCUGCUUCCUGUAUCAAAAAUAAAAGUUACACAACC